AUGAUUGAAAUUGAACCAAGGCAUGGUGAUCAUCAUUUUAUAAAUAUCAAAUAUGGAUAUUAUACAUUGGCUUUUUCAGCCUUGUUAAUUGUUUAUUUAUCAUUUACUAAAUACAUUUACAUUCAACAGUGGAAAAGAAAAGGAUAUUUAAGUAAAAUUUUGAGAAAUUUACAACAUCCAUCAACUUGGAUUAUACUAUUGAUCUGGAUUAUAAUUUGUUGUUCUAUGUCUCAGAUUGGAAUUCAUCAUUUUAGUGAAGAAUAUAUCACAAUUUGUAAACGAUUAGGAAGAAUUGGAUAUAGUUUAAUCCCAUUAAAUAUUUAUUUAAUUUUAAGAGUUCAAAACUCAUCACUGUUGAACAUUGGUUACUAUUUACAAAAUUUGAAUUUACAUAAAUGGAUAUCGAGAUUAAUAUUUUUUUUGUGUUUAUUGCAUGCAAUUGGUUUUACAUUCAAAUGGAUUAAAGGUAAAACAAUUUCGAAAUUUUUUGGAAUAUGGAAUUUUUUAGGGUUAAUAGUAUUAAUUCCAUUCAUCGUGUUGAUAUUUGUUUCAAUAAGAAUAAUGGGAAGAAAAAACUAUACAUUAUUUUAUGUAAUUCAUAAUGUCACAGCUUGGUUAAUGGUAUUAUUAAUUACUUUACAUGCUAGACCAGGUGUAUUACCAAUUGCCGGCAUAAAUAUAAUUCUUUUAAUUUAUCAAUUAUAUUUGAGAUUUUUAGGUGGAUACAAAAUAGAUUCUAUCAAAAUUAUGGACACUCCCAAUUCAACAUUACAAAUUAUAAGAGUUGCAUUACCAAUAAACUUCCCCGUUUGGUCACCAGGUAGUCACAUUAGGCUCAAUUAUCCUGUAUCAUCAUUCAAAAGCUGGAUUGGACCAACUCACCCAUUUACAAUAGCAUCAAUAUAUGAAGAUAAUCAUCAAUCUUUUGAUUUAAUUAUUAAAAAGACACAAACAUUUUAUAUUAAUUCACAUUUAUCAUAUUACUUAACAGGACCAUACCUAGCGUUACCACAACCUUUUUUCAACACUUCAGAAAUUGUGAAUAUAAUUUGUGGUGGAUCAGGUAUUUCUUUUGGUUUACCAAUACUACAAUAUUUUAAAAUUAAUAGUCCAAAUACGAUAAUAAAUUUAAUAUGGUGUGUGAAAAACGAAAGGGAUCUAUUCAUUGUUGAGAAAUUGAAUUUAUCAGAUGUUCAAAUAUUUGUUACAACAUUAGAUAAUACAGAAGAAUCAUCUUCAUCAACAGAUUCAGUGAAUAAUAACAAUAGAGAACCACCUAAAUUUGUUAUUGAAGAUGAAGGAGAAGAUCAUGAAUUAUUACAUCAAGAAGAAGAAAUAGAAUUACAAAGUAUAAAAGCAAAAGAAGAAAUUGAAUCAAAACAAAACAUUUUUAAAUUAGGUAGACCUAAAUUAGAUGAAGUAUUUGCAAUAAACAAUCCAACUAUAACUUAUGAUCCAAAAUGUAGUUGGGUACUAGCUUGUGGUCCAGAUUCUUUAAUUGAUGAAUCUAGAAAAUGGUCAAAAGAUCAUAAUUAUCAAUUUUUUAGUGAAAAAUAUGAAAUGUGA